ACUUGUAAUUUACGAAUUUUGAAUGGAAUUACGAAAAUAAAUAUUUUAAAUGGUUAUCUACGUAAUAAAAUUGCUGUUAUUUAAUUAAUCUAUAAGUAAAAAUAUCAACAAAAUAAAAUGAGCGUUAAAGUUGAACUAGACACCGUCUGUCGCGGUUGCUUGAGUAACGAUCGUACUAUCGUACCUUUAAAGAAUAACGCUAGCUUAUUUUUUAUCCUUAUAGCCGACCAAUAUAUACCUAAAGAUUCAAACUAUUUCAAUAUGAAUCUUUGUUGGGAGUGCGUCGCCCUCUUGAGGAAGGUGGCACUGUUUCAGAAACAAAUACAGAAAUCGAAGGAUAUCUUCCUGGACUGUUGGAAACAACCAAAGCCGAUGGAACCAAUGUCGCAUUUAAAAAUGGUACAUAAAAGUGACUACGAUCUUACAAUAGAAUAUGAUGAAGCAGACGUCAAAGUGAAUGAAUUACAAUACGACAAAGUUAUAAAAGAAGAAAUCUUUGAUAGUUUUGAUAACAAUACAGACCUAUUUGAUAGGUCGGAUUACACAGAUAAUAUAGAAUCUAAGAUAGUGAAAGAGAAGAAAAUUAAAAGAACAAAAAGCAAAGUUAAAAUGACAGAAGUCGUUUACGUAGAUGAUGAGAGGGAUAGAUAUAUGUCUCAAGUUGAACUUAGUAUUAAGGAAUUGGAAAUGCUAGAAAGAAACAAGAGAGGUAGAAUUAGUGGGAUGUCUUAUCGAUGUAAUGUUUUGGUUAAGAAAAUGUUAGCUGCUAAACGGAGGGAUGUUCGUCGCUGUGAUAAUUCCGAACCAAAAUGCGUUCAGUGUGAAGAGACGUUAACAACUCGUAAAGAACUACAGGAACACUGGCAACGUCAUACCAUAACAACAUACCAAUGCCGCUUCUGCGGCUACCACGGGGACGACAGCGAUGACGUCAUGGCGCAUCUCAAACAGAAGCACAACAAGAUAUAUACAUGCAAGUGUGGCGUGGAGUUCCGUAGCAUACGCGAAUACUACAAACACAAUAAGAAUUUGCACAAGAAAUUCGAUUGCGACCAUUGUAAUCGUCGGUUUCAAUCGAAGGCGACGAUUGAGAAACACAUGCUCCAGUGCCAUUUGCCGUAUACGUGCAACCUUUGCCAUCGUAACUACAAAAGUUACAAAGUAUUAAUGAAUCACUAUUUCGUGUAUCACGCGGAGAGUAUGAGGAAAGUCAAACAAGAGAAGCCGUACUGUGUCGAGUGUGAUAUCACGUUCGAGAACGAAUAUCUUUACAAACGGCACCUCAGGUCUGCCGUCGCCCAUCGACCCAAAAUGGAAGUGAAAGUUCCCUGUCCGGACUGCGGCAAAGUGUUCAGUCGUAAGACUUACAUGACGAAUCAUUAUAAUUUAGUUCACGUGAGAAAAUCGAAGCAUUACUGCGAAAUAUGUGACAAGUACUUUAUAACUGGCUACGCGAUACGCACACACAAGAAAUUCGUUCACGAAAAACGAGAAAAACCGAAGGAUAAAAUAUGUGAAAUAUGUGAUAGAGGAUUUUUUACGAACCGUGUGCUCAUUAACCACAGAAGGACACACACAGGCGAGAGACCUUAUAAAUGUGCAUACUGCCCAGCUGCCUUUGCACAGAGAUCCGCUAUGAAAACACACGAACGAACUCAACACAAGAAUUACAUAAACAGCUGA